GGUUUUAAGCAUAAUCUCUCAAUUUCCUUUUCCAUCAAUCUCUCAAUUCUUUAUUCCCAAAAUCCAAAUACGCACAUUUUCAUUCCUCUGUUUUCUCUCAACACCAUUCCUCUGUUUCUGUGUCUGUGUCUGUGUCUUGUUUGGAAGAAUGAGUUUAGCAGCGAAAACAGUAUGCGUAACAGGAGCUUCAGGUUACAUAGCGUCAUGGCUCGUCAAAUUCUUGCUCCAGCGUGGUUACACUGUUAAGGCUUCCGUUCGUGACCCCAACGAUCCCAAGAAAACACAGCAUUUGCUUUCCCUCGGUGGGGCCAAGGAGAGGCUUCACUUGUUCAAAGCAAACCUGUUAGAAGAAGGUUCAUUUGAUGCUGUGGUUGAUGGAUGUGAAGGUGUAUUCCAUACAGCAUCUCCAUUUUACUACUCUGUUACAGACCCACAGGCUGAGUUACUUGAUCCUGCUGUCAAGGGGACACUCAAUCUUCUUGGUUCAUGUGCCAAAGCAUCAUCAGUAAAACGAGUGGUUUUAACAUCUUCCAUAGCUGCAGUUGCUUAUAGUGGUCAGCCUCGGACACCUGAGGUUGUGGUUGAUGAAAGCUGGUGGACCAGUCCAGACUAUUGCAGAGAAAAGCAG